AUGAGGUCUCUUAACGCAACGACAAUGUUGGAAGAGGAGGGCAAGCAUCUGGGCAAGAGGGACUUUCUCACUACCUCUCUCCACCUCAACGCAAAUGUCAUCGUACGCGGCAGAAGCGGUCUAGUGUUGUCGUCGUCGUCGUCGUUGUCGUCGCCGUCAUUGUCUCAUUGUCUCACGUGCGCACAAUCGGUCGAAGCGACCCUUGACUCUCUCCACCUUCGCAGCGUCUUUGGCUGCUCUUUAGAAGGCCAGCACUUUGAGCUCUGCUGGGUUCGUUGA